AUGAUUGAAAGCAUUGCACUACGAAAGUUCGCAGUUUCAUACUUUCUAGUACAUCCAACAAAACCACUUUGUAACCUGGUUAACAGAAUUACAACAACAAUAAAAAAUCGGUUCUUCGUAGGAGAGGUGGUUUUUCUUAAAAACAAAGAGCUCACAGGGCAGAUAGUUCAGAUUACCAAGAAGGGCUACAUCGUGGAGAUAUACGAUGAUGAAACUGGAAGCACUCCGCAGCAAGAAGAGGUCACAUCACAAGACCUAUUGAGAAAGGACAGCGCAACGAAGAACGAGGUGCUUAUGUUUAUUCUAAGCAUAACAAAGGAUACCCCGCUGGGAAGAAUUGUGGCAAACAACAUUAUACAGGACUUGGGAAUAUUUAAAGGCCAGAAGCCAUCAGCCAAGCCUACAAAAAAGGCUAUAGAGAUGCCAAAGCAGGAAAAGCCGGUGUGGGUGAACCUAUCAACGCAGGAGAAGGAGAAAGAGAAGCUAAAGGAGCUGUCUGAGUUGGAGCAGAUACGACUUCAGAGCAAAGUGGACCAAGUUCUAUCGAUGCAGAAUGAGAAGCUGACACACCCAAUGAUUACCACACACAAGCUGUAUAAAAAAGUCAUUUCUGUGUACAAUGGUUUAAACAUCUUCAGCGACUUCCUGAAGAUAAAGGACAUGACUUUAUCCGAGUUUAUAUACGCGCUGUUUGCUGAAAAAGACACACCAAGGCUUGUGGACAUAUUUUCCAAGCUGCUAAAGGCUGUGUCUCAUGAGAGAAGGAAGUCCGGAAAGGAGGGGCUUAAAGACAUGCUGCAUAUUGCAUCAAACGUAACAUAUGUAAGUGAGCCCAUGCAGGAGAUAUUAAACAUGGUUGCAGUCACGCCGGGGAAGGACACUGGCUUUACCCGAAUACAGUGGUUUGCAGGCGAUGCAACGCAGAAAAACUGGCAGAUAUACAUUAAAAGCUUUGUAUAUGACAUAAUGAGUAUCUAUGAUAUAACUGUAAAGAGCAAUGAGUUUAUGCCGUACACAGCAGUAAAUAAUGAGCAGAGCAUAAAAUCAGUUGGUGUGGACAGACUGCUAAUGAUUAUGUUUUUAUUUGAAACAAUAAUACUUGGCAUUAGAUUUAGAACACACUAUGAUGCUCUUAUGGAGGAGUACAAAGAGAAGGAUCGAGAGAGAGUUUUGCUUGCGCAGGAGCUAAGAAGGCUAAAGGGCGAGGUGCUGGUGAAUGAAGAGGCAGAGGAGGUAAAGAGAUUAAUAGAAGACGUAGAGAAAAAGCUUCUGAAGUUUAAUGCAGACUGCAGACCCGAGAUUGUUCGAAGCACAAUCUCAAAGUAUGGGCCCAUUUGCUUUUUAGUGGUUGGUAGAGAGCUGCUCUACGAGUAUAAGGAAGAAUUCUUUGCUAUAAAGAAGGAUAUGCUAAAUUCAUUUAUAUCGAUUUUUGACUCGGAUAAGAAAAAGGAUGCCCAAUUUAUAGACACGAUUAAAAAAUACUUAAAAGUGAUAUAG